AUGAGCGCCCAGGAUGACCAGUUCCCAGCCGCCGCCGCCGCCCCCGGCCCGGCGGCUCCCUCCGCCGAUGAUGGCAUGACCUGGUGGUACAGGUGGCUCUGCAGGAUUGCCGGGGUCCUCGGGGGCGCGUCCUGUGCCUUUGCUGGCCUCUGGAACUGCGUCACCAUCAACCCUCUGAACAUAGCGGCUGGCGUGUGGAUGAUGCUCAACGCCUUCGUGCUGUUCCUGUGCGAAGCCCCCUUCUGCUGCCAGUUCAUCGAAUUCGCCAACGCGGUGGCCACGAGGGCGGACAAGCUGCGGCCCUGGCAGAAAGCUGCUUUCUACUGCGGGAUGGCCGUGUUCCCCGUCAUGCUCAGCCUGACGCUGACCACGCUCUUUGGAAAUGCCAUCGCGUUUGCAACCGGGGUGCUUUAUGGCCUCUCAGCUCUUGGCAAAAAGGGAGAUGCCAUUUCCUAUGCUCGGAUCCAGCAGCAGAAGCAGAUGGAUGAAGAGAAGCUCACAGGGACCCUGGAGGGAGAGGCUCUCUGAAGCGUGCAAGCUCAGAGUAACCUCUCUUGGGCACUGAGAUGCUGGUGAAGACAUGGAAAUCUGCUCUGCCCUUCCCUCUGCCCUCUCCUGUUGGCAUUACUCUACGUUUUUUCCAGACACUGCAGCAACCGGAAAUCUCAGGGGUUGGGGCGGGCUGUGCUCCCCGCUCACACUAGCAGCCAGGCCGCAGCAUGUUGGCCCCUCUCUCCUCCUUCUCCUCCUUGUCCAUUCAGAAGUUUGACCCUGAAUCAGUAUCUCUCCCUUCCUUUUCUUUCUUUCUUUUUUUUUUCUUUUUUUUCCCUGCUGAGGUGCUGGCCCUCCGAGUGCUGCUUUGAAAGCUGAACAUGUAGCCUUUCUUCAGAGUGGCCCUGCGUUAGCAUCUGGGGCCAUGAUGAGCCCACCGUGUUUUGCUGAGGUGUGAUACACCUGUCUGGAGUUUAGCAAUACUUGGUGAUGCUUAAGCUUGGACUUCUUUCAUUGAAUAGGUUUUAAUGGGCCCAGUUAGGCCGGGCACUGGAGGCGUCGCUGUACAGUAAAGGACUUCCAGUAAAACCCUACAUGAAGACAAUAACCAUCUCUGCAGAGGAGCUGCCAGAAGUUUUGUGACAGCUCUUGAUACCUAUAAAGCACAGUUCCCCUCCCUCUGCAUACAGCUGCAGGCAGUUGCUGUAAUUUACUUGAAAUGUAUGAAUUAAUUACUUUGUCUUAAUAAUGGUACUUUCCUUACGCUUCACCCUUUUACUGCGGGAGAAGGGAAGUGAGGUUUGCUUUACCCCAGCUGAACAGGGAUGAUAAUAGAGUCUUUGAGCCAAGCAGGGGCUUUUUGCUGGUGUGGCUAAGGGUUACAGAGGCGAAAGAGGACCCUUCUCUCGUGAGCCGGGACUCUGGCGUCUGCCCCUGCCUCUGCUCCUGUAGCGUGCGGGACCUGCUCUUCGCUUCUCUCUGGUACAGUGAUUCCCUUUGGGCUCAUGUUGUUUGUGUCAGUCCUGGGCAAGUUUCCUGCAGACACAGAGCAAUCCACAGCACCGCAGCAUGGGUGGCAGGUACAACCCAGGACAUCCCGCUGCUUUACGCAGGCUCCUGACGUGGUCUCCGUUUGCUUUGUAUCAUGCAGACCGGAACAUCUCUCUAAUCCAGAACCACCCCCCCCUCCAUUUCUCAUCACGGUCUCUUCUGGGGGAGUUUUAAUUUAUUUGAAUUUACAUGUGUGCUUUUUGUUCUGCUUAGGAAAAGAAAGAAUAACUUAUUUCUAGUUAUUUAAAUGCUUUAAUGGGACUUGCUCUCCCUGGACAUAGGAGAAGGGAGUGCUCUGUUUCCUAUAGUUCAAGGGAAUGUCUCAUUUGAUUUGGGGUGUCUCUCUGUGGACCUGGGGAGAACCCUGGCUGCUGUAACUGAGGUACUGUAAAAUCCUGUUUCAACCUUGGGAGUGUUUCUCAGGCUUUUGCAAAGCAUGUUUCCCUUCUUAACUCCUCUGUCGUCUUCUGGGCCACUGAUUUGACAGAAGUUUGUUUUCCCCUUCUUCCAGGAGAGAGAAGUGAGAAAAACCAGGCGGUAACUCCUGGAUUUGAGGGUUUGUACUCACUCCAGCAGUUAAGGCAGUUAGCAGCUGUGGUGAGUACUUGUAGCCAGUAACUGCGGCCGGUUCGUACUCCCCUGCUCCGAGAGCCGAGCUCCUGCUGCCCCCUAACACUCUGUGGCCCUGUUUGCACCACUGGGGCACCCAAAGGGUCACGCUCUGCAGUCUGAGAAAUGCUGCUGGAGAUUGAGGGCUGUUUGUCCACGGAAGGAUCUGUCGCUCAGCUGCUCUGCGGCUUUUGAGCAGUGUCACGUUGGAUGCUGUCUAUAUAACCAUGUCCUGAGCAUAUUUAUGUUAGUUGAAUGACAUCGCAACAGUGCCGGCAGUGCCUGCAGAGAGCAGCUAAAUACCGAUGUAGCGUGUGCAUUGCAGCAGGAGCACAGAGAUCCCCGGAGGUUAGGGGGCUAAGCUGCCGGCUAAUGUUAUAUGUUGUUUCUUCGGUGCAGUUCAGGGAGGUGUGAAGAUUUACACCAGUCGGGAACACAGCCUGGGUUUAUUUACACGCGCAGGCCCUUGCGGCUGGAUGCCAGGGAGCUGCUUUGUGCUAAGCCCCUUUCCCCCCCGGCCUCUGUACUGUAAUUGCUCUGACACCAGCUUGUCUGGGAUGUGGAAUAGGCACCGUCAGCUCAGAUGCAGCUUGUUUCAAUAAAGGCUCUGCUGUUUCUGAGCCACCAGCUCUGGGCUGAUCCAUGUUGCUGUGUGGAGUGCGUGGGGCGUUGGCCUCCCUUGUGUGUGUGUGCGUGUGCAUGGGGACCGCAGCCUCCUGCAUCGUUGAUGCUUCCUGCAGCAAUAGGGCGGUGCAGGAGGAAUACACUGUGGUCUCCGGGAUGCUUCUGGAUAAGGCUCAUGGUGAUGCUCAGGUGGAUAACAGCCUCCCUUCCCUGUGAGCUAGCAGGGUCCCUAGGCAGUAUCUUUACUGGAUGGUUAAAGCGCAGAGUCCUGCCUGGUGAACAGGUCAUCUGCACUGAUUUUGGGGGGUUUGGGGGGGUUAAAGUAGUGUUUAGUAGAGGAAUGUUGCAGACUGAUGCACGUGCAUGUCUUUGGUAGUGACUGCUUUGUGCUGUGAGUAGUUCCACGGUAGCUUUAGUGAAAGGAGAUGAAGGGCAAAGCAGAGGCAGUAGAGUAACUCUUGCAGUCUGACCUACACCCAGAGGGAGGAACCUUAAAUGGGCGCAUGGACCCAUGCUGGCUUCAUCCGAUUGCUGCUGGUCUGUGGCAGUAGGAUGAUCCUGGGUACUGGCACAUGCAAGCGCUGCUCCCGGUUGGCUUGCAUGGUAGAUGGGUCAGCUCUGCUCUGUUGGCACCCACGGCAGAAAUCCCUUGAAUGCCGGCAGUUCUGUCAUGCCAUUUUGUAGCUGCUAGGAGCUAGGCAAGCUCAUAAUCUGCUUCAGCUCCGCCACUGUCAGCAGGAUGCAAAGCUCAGCUCUGUGCUCUGGGCAUGCUUUUGUUGAAAAUGGGCCUCAGGGCCUCCUCUGUAAGAGCCAGAGCUGGAACCUUUGGCAAAAAUGCUGAAAGAUACCAGAUCUGCUUGAUGCCUUUGUGCCCCAGCAAGAGGUGUCUGAGGUCAUGCUCUGAGAGCGUUGAUUCCUGCAGAUCCAGCAAUAUCGGGGUGAGCAUGUCUGGAGUACGAGCUCUUGGGAAUUUUGGCUGUCCAUGCCAUGGUUGAAACCAAGCCAGAUGCUGCCAUCAUUGCAGACAUGGCCUGGUGAAGGAUGUAUCCUCCCAGCAGAGCUUACAGCAUCCAUGGCUUUCAGGAGUUACAGUGAUAGUUAGUGGAUGGUCUCACUCCAGUGUGGACAAGAGACUAUAUUUGUGGAGAUAGGUAAGACUUAUAGAGUAGUAAUGUCCCAGUAGUUAGUAGGCCCAUUCACAGUGUGUGGUGGUUAUUUAUUGUGUUUUCAGGCACUAUCGUGGUGCUCAGAGGUGUACAGGAAUAAAUGAAAAGCCUUGCUCUAGUGAUUUUACAGUCUCAACCCAAUCUCAGCUAGUGGUGUCCAGGCUAAUCUAAGGGGUCUCUACAGAAGAGGUUCUGCUUGCCCAGGUCAUGGAAAGACCUCUUGGGAGAACGGGUCAGAAGUUUUAUUAUGUGAGAACUCAAGAGCAGGUGAUACGUUGCCUACAGUGAGUUGCUGACAAUAAAUGUGGAAAGACACCUGCUUACUGGCUGCAAAUGUGCACUUAGAAAUGAACUCUACCACUAUUCACCACAUAAGCUGUGCACUUCUCUUUCCUAAGUGCAUUUACACAGUAUAUAAGUCUACUGUGUCCUGUUUAGUCAUGAAAACGACAGCCCUUGUGCGUAUAAGCUCCACUUUCCUCUGGGGCUUUCCACUGGGCGUGAAGAGAAGAGCAGAAGCUCACCUUAUCCUUUGUACCCAGGCCUUGCUGCUCUAGGCAGGAGCCGAUUUUGUAACACCAAUUGACUCUCUGUGUGUGCAGUGAAUAAAAAGACCAUUCUACCUCUGGAAAGAGCCACUGUGAUUUCUCAGACUCUAAGUGUUGUAGCAGAAGCCCUCAGACUUUCUGUACGGAAGGAAGGAGGUCACUCAGAGAAUACUUUUACAGUGAGGUUCUCAUAGGACCUGAAGAGUCCAACCUCAUUUCAUACUCAGGUGUUUCCUCUUUAAGCCAAGCCCUGGGAAAGCUCAAUUCAUCCUUAUAAUUUUUUCCUCAGGAAGAACGAAUGCUGUCUUCAGGGAAGGGUUUCACUUAAGUGAAGAUUUCAAGACCUGGUCUGUAGCCAUGAGAGACAGGGAAUGUUCUAGGACAGGGUUGCUGGAGAUCCUGAUCUUCUGGAGGUCAGUGUGAACCAGAACUAUCAAAAUCUCUUCAAUCAGGCCAUACUUAGAAUCAGUCAUAUUUUAGGCAGGCCUGGACUUCUUUAUAGAAAUGGAGCUUAGCUGCAAAAAUUGGGCCUAGUGCUGAAACUUCUCUAGGGUUUUUAUUUUGGCUCAUCUCUCCUUCUCUGUCUUUGGCUGCUUUAAAUGAGUCUUCUGAUAAGGCAUAUUUUCUCUUAGGUGAUUUCUCUUAUGUCCUGCUGCAGGGGUUUUAAAUAAUAGUUAUUAUUAUUAAUUGGGCUGAGAUCUAGCCCAAAUAUGCUAUGUUACCCCUUGGAUUCCCUGUUACAGCAGGUUGACUUGUGCCUGGACUAGGAGGACAGGCCUAUCCACAGACCUGCAGGGUGCCACCUUCUGCAGCUGUGUUCUAGGUACAUUUAGGCUCUAGAGAAAGACCUUAGUGUUGCAGGACAAACAGGAAAAAGGGGUAAAAACAAUUUGCUACUAACUAUGCAGGUGAAAACUCAAAGUGAUAGAAGUGGAGGCUCUGUGUGCAACUGUGGUGGAGGCAUCCACCCUCACUCUUUGUGGAAGGGCAACCCUGGGGUGGGAAGGACCUGCCUCAGUAUUUGUGCUAUCUUUCCUACAGUGAAUCACUUGCACUACAGCUGAAUGUUUGUCUCUGUUCUCGUUCCUUGUUCUGAUGUAAAGUUUCUUUGUGAACUGUAUUUGAUCUCGUUCAUUAGGCUUCUGGUAUAAUGUGUGUUUUUAGAGUAAUAAAAUGUGGCAGUUUUUUAUAUGAAA